AUGAAGAUCAAGAUCAAGACACUCAUUGGAAAGGAGAUUGAGAUGGACGUUGAGCCCGAAGAUCAGAUCUCCGUUCUCAAGGAGAAGAUCGAGGAACUCGAGGGUAUUCCUCCCGCCCAGCAGCGUCUCGUUUUCACCGGAAAGCAGCUCCAGGACGAGAAGACCAUUGCGGAGAACAAGAUUGAAGCUGGAGCCUCUCUGCAUCUGGUCCUGGCCCUUCGAGGCGGCAACUAA